GCCGCGUCCCCCAACGUCGCACAUUAAGAUCACACUAAGGUGGUAGAGAAGUCGUUUUGGGUUUGAAAGAAGCUUUUUUAUUUUUUAAAAUUUUAUAAAUAAAGAUUUCUUGCAAUAUAAGACUGGCUUCUUGUAGUAUCCGAUUACGAUUGGCCGAUUUUGGAACCUGGUUCACUAAACUUCAGACUCUCAAGGCCUCCGCCAAAUUAUAGCAAGAGGCAGAUUUUAUUUUAUAUUCUAAUAUUUCUAUUUUGGCAUAUAACAACUAUGUCCUCGAUGCUAAAUACAGUAAAGAGCUACAUGCCUGGCAGGAAUAUGUCAAUUUUUUUGGGAUUGGUAGGCUGUGUAUCAGGAGGUAUUUACUACGAUACCCAUCAAAAAAAUUUGACAAUUCAAAAGUAUUGCAAUCAGGUAGCACAUCUUGCAAAGGCACCUUUGGAGCCUCAGGCUUUGCCGAGAAAGGUUCGAGUAUACCUUCAUGGUCCUCCUGGAGACGGAAUAUGGGUAGCUAGAGAAGAGUUUGAGAAAUACGUUCGUCCAAUUUUGAAUGCUGCUGCUGUGGAUUUCGAAGUUUUUGAAUCUAAAGGAGAGGGUAACCUGCUUGAGCAAAUUGCUACAUCAGUUUGGAAAAAAAGGAACGGCAUUUCUGAAGUACCUGAAGCUGAGAAAUUUAUUAAGUCGUUCUUAAAAGAAAGCGAUGAACCCAGUGUGAACCUGUUAUUUGGUAGACACGCCUUGAAAGAAUUCCUCUACGGAAUCAAGUAUGCUUUCUCCGAUGAAUAUAAUGAAAAGGUAGUAAAUGAGAUGAAGAAGGAGCAGGAAAAGGCCGUCAAACUAACAGAUUCCUCUGAGAAUUCCAAGACUUCUGACACUUCCGAGACCUCUGAAGCUAAUGACUCAAAUUCGCAGCAGAUUAGCAAUUCACAGUCAUCAGAAAAUACAGAAGAAGAACAAACUACUCCUGUGGAAGAUAUUUCACUCUGUAAAAAUCUUACCUUGAAUGGAGAUGUACCUCUUGGCUUGGUUGAUUUAAUCGCUCUUUAUCCCCUUCCACAUCUUUUGGGUUUUACUAAUACGCCGCGACGCAUUUAUCGUUUCUUUAGAAGAAGAUAUUUGGCUGAAGAAUUGGGCGAAAUUACCAAAAACAUUGUCCUCAAUUUGGAAAGUGUGUCCAUUCCACUAACGGAUGGUCCUAUGUUACUGCAGGAAGAGGAAGCAGACUGGCCUAAACAAUACAUUAAUAGAGAAGAUGCUGAGAAGCAUGUUUGGACCGCUCCUUUUAUGGAGGCUACUGACAACAGGCAAUUCUAUAGAAACUUAAAGAUGUACAAAUCCAGAGACGAUGACUACGAAGAUAAUGCUUAGUAUAAAUAAACAACUAUAGGAAGAGACUUUGCACAUAAAUAUAGGAAAAGAGUGUAGAAUAUCUUUAUUUAAUAUCUUUUUUUUCAUUAGGCGUCCGUAAACAGUGAAUAGACG